AUGAGGCUUAAUGCGGUGCUAAAGCUGUCGACAAAGACGGGUGUGUCUGCGAAGGAGUGGGUAAAACAAUUGGCACCGCAAUGUAUACCGAAACACGCGUUCUCAGCGCACUUUGACCGGUCCAGCGGACCUGGCGGGCAGAACGUCAACAAGGUUAAUUCUAAGUGCACACUGACGCUGGAAAACUUCUCAACAUGUAUAUGGAUCCCCCAGGAAGUGCGCACGCAACUUCUUUCAAAGGGCUUCAGGUACUACGCCCCGGCCAAAGACAGUGUUGUGGUACAAGCUGACGAAUCACGAAGUAGGGAAACCAACCGACAGCUGUGUCUCGACAAGUUCAUCAAAGAGGUCAAGCAGACCUGCUGGUUUGCCACCCCUACUAGCCCGGAGGACCUACAAAAAUGGCAAGAGAUUAGGAAGAAGACCGGCGAACUGCGUCUUAAGAACAAGAAAAGGAAAAGCGAAACCAAGAAGUUGCGCAAAAAGAGCAACUUCGACUUUUAA